GCGAUGUUUGACGUUUCGAGGUUCCCCCCCUCGAAAUUGCUGCAGAAACGUCAAGUUUUAGGUCGAAGUUACGUAAAAUUCGCCUUUUGCUCGAGGAAAUCCCUAAACAUGAGCUUAAAGGCAAAUUACUACGACAAGCCGGAGGGCGACGACCUUUUCGGCAAGAUGAUCGCCACCAACAAGUACGCGCUGGCCGGCGGUCUCGGCUGGUCCACGGUCGAGGUGAUGAUGGUGUCGAAGCCGAAGGGCUACCUGCCGACCAUUGCCCGGUACGUGUACUUUACCGGUCCGUUCGUCGGAAUGGCCUCUGCCUUUACCGUCGGUGCGUACGCUGCCAACAAGCUGCGCGGUCGGGACGAUGGGUGGAACUAUGUGGCCGGUGCGUUCGCGGCCGGCGGUGUGUACGGUGCCUGGAAGCGAAACGUCGUGAGCGGACUGGUGGCCGGCCUGAUCUUCAGCGUGGCGGGCGCACUCAAGAAGCAGUCCGUCGAUGAGGGUUGGGAGUUCUUCCCCGAGGUGAAGCAUCACGCCGUCAGCUCGAUCAAUCCGAACCGGUACGACUUCACGCUGACGCAGGAACGCGAACGAGGAUGGACGACCGGCAAGUGAGGUGGAGAGCGAGGUGCGAUGUGAGACGGGCGAACUUUAAAACCCCCGGUUCUCGGUUCUGUUGUAAAGCAUCUUAGGCAAUAAAUACUGUGGAUACUACAGCCUGGUUACGAGCGGAGAUGUGCGAACUCGUUGCUGUCUGCAACUGUGAAACGGACGAGAAAUAUUGAAGAAGCUGGAUUUUUUUUUCGUAUAAAUUCCAUCGUAAUACGAUUUCUAAACUUCUUCGCAGAGGCAGGGAUAAACGCAAGCGGAAGAAGUGAAGACAUUAAAAAUUACAUCCAAUUACAAUCAUCUGUAAAUUAGCUUCUCCAAAGCAAAGUGAGCCAUGUGCGCUUUGCAUAUGCAACGGGAAAUGUACAGGUGGAAACGGUCCCUAUUUUCGUGUGAUAGGUUAAAAACACACUUGUAUCCCUUCACAUUCGCCCUACGCGAGAAUUUCCCCCUUUUAAAAAACAUUCGUUUAAAUUAAUUCAACCCGAACCGGGUCCAUUUUGGAAACUCCAACCCCUUUUCCACGGUGGUGGGUGCAGCGCGUAUGCAAGCGGAAGUGCACCGAGCUGGAACGGAUGGAUCCUUCCGCAUCCCUAAAAGCGCGGGGGCCAAGAGGGUGUGUUUUAUGUUCAAUUUAAAAUUUGUUCCCCUUUUUCAAAAAAGCAAACAAGCUUUUUACCCUACAAAUCGACAUGCUCAUCGCAAAUAGGUGUAUGGCAAAAGGUCCACUGCUAUCGGUGAAUCGAUUAAUUACUUUUGAGCGCUUCUGCUGCGUUUCUUACGGUGACCCAGACACGGGGGAGUGGUUGUAAUUGAAGUAACGCCAUUAACGUUUGCUCUAAUUGGUGCUUAAAUUAUCACCCGAAAUGUGUGCUGGUCAACUCAGCAAGACAAAGCCAACGUGUUCUCACACCUACCCACACCAAAAACCACUACACUAUACCGGUGUCUUCUUUUCGUUAAUGACCCAAAACCAACACAUUCCUAUCCCUCAAAGCGUGGUUCGGCUUGGUCGGCAGCGUGGUCAAUGCACUUUUGAAUGGAGCAAUCGCGACGGCGUGGGGAGCUUUUUUUAAUCUUUCCACCAAUGAUCAUCAAGUACAGUGCUUCCGUGGUGGGCCGGGGCUCGUGAUUGCUCACGGUUGAAAGUAAAACAAACUGUGACGUCGUCGUCGUCUACCGCGGGUCAUCAACCACUGUAACCGGAAGUGAAGCACAUUUUUCAUCAUUUUUCGUUUCUCAUUCGCAAAAUAAAAUUAA